AUGGUUUUUGAAAAGUUUUUUCAAAAACAAAAAAAAACCGAAUCUGCAUCUCUGCCUUCUACUGAAACCAAAACUGACGUUAAGACUGAUAACGAUAAUAACGAAAAUCGAUACAUAAAUGCAUUAAAAGAUUGUAAACCUACAGCACUUGAAGAUUAUGGUUAUUAUUUUUUUCCGGAAAGAUUCGGUAAAGAACGUGUGUUAACAAUAUCGCAACGAGCUUUACAACUUUCAAUUCCAUUGGAUUCGGCUUCACGUGAUUUAACAAGAAAAAUUGAAUGUGAAAAAUAUAUCAUUAAAUCAAUUGAAUCAAAUCCAUUGAUUAAAACACUCGUACAAGCGCUUGCUGAUCACAAUUGCCCGAUUGAUCUAUCGCGUCAUUUUAGUUGUGAACAGUGCGAUGAUGCAAUGCCAACUGGUAUGUUUGAUCCAGCAACGAAUCAAAUAGUUGUUUGUAAAAAUCAUAUAUCACAUUUUGAUGAUUGUAUUAUAACGGGACUUGUUCAAGCAUUUGACUAUUGUCGAAAUAAAUACGAUGUACAUAAUCUACAUCAUUUUGCAUGUAGUCAAAUACGUGCAUUGAAUUUUACUGAUUGUAGUCUGAUGAAAGGAUGCUAUGUGGAUCUUCGUGUUAAACGACGUUAUCAUGCAUGUCUAGAAAAAGAAGCAGUACAACGAUUACGUAUGAUGCGUUCAGUUGAAGAAAAAGAGGCAAAACAGAUUGUUAAAGAUGUUUUUCGACCAUGCCGUUACGAUUUAGAACCAUUUGGUGAAGAUCCAAAACUUAUUCCAAAAAAUAAAUACAUAUACAACGAUUAUGAACGAUACCGACGAUGGUCGAAAGCAACUGCAUAG